UCCAAACGCGCGGGUGUUUUUAAAAGAAAGACAAGAAAACAUGUAAACAUGGCAGCUGAAAAUAAUAACAGAACUGUUGCAGAUGAAGAUAAUGUCGGCGAAAGUAUCAGUUUUUCCCACGUCACCGCUGUAGCUACAGGAUGGAUGCUGGACUUCAUGUUUCUAAGUUUGUGUCGGCGUUUCAAGAAGGGCAAACGGGACGAAUUCAGUGAAACGCAUUCAGCUUUCCGGGCCAUUCAUCAGACUUCAUCUCUUAAGGUAAAUGAGAAAGCGAAGAUCUGUGCCUUCCUGGCAAGAGUCAUGGAUGGAAAGCUGCUGGAUGUCCAGUUUGAAGAUGAUGACUCUGUGAUGCCUCUGAUGUCAGCUGCCAAAAUCUGGUCGGACCUCGAGCACACUGUGUCAGACCAAAGUUUAUUUAAAAACAUUACCAUCCUUUUGGUUGUCCAGUCUGUUGCUGUCUGCUUGGAGAAGGGUCAAAGAUCUUCUGCCUCUUCUGCCCUCAGAUGGUUUGAGAAUAACCUUGAACUCCCGCAGGGUUUGGGAGUUAAGCUUUCAAAAAUAGUUGAACAGAGGGAGACUUACCACCCAUUCCUCAUGAGCUUCAGCUUCAGUCGCCUUCUGGAGACGGUGCAGUCCUACUUGGAUGCCUACUUGGAAAAGAAUCCCUCUGACUACCUUCUCAAGGCAGCUACAAAGAUGGUGCAGUCCUCACAGAAUGCUGGAGGUUUGGAGGAUGUGGAGUCUCAGAGCAGCUCUCUUUCAAAAAAGGCCAAUGAUGUCACAGAGGACAGAAAGAAAAGGGAGAGCAUCGUAUGUCGCAGACCAAAACGGAAACUGCUCUCAACCCGAAUUACUGACGUGUGGAAACCUGAUACAUGCAAGAAGCGUCGUGCUUCUCGACGAAUCUCCAGUAAUGAGUUAUCCCAGAUGACCUCAGAAAAUUCAGGGGGCACCUUAAAGGUACAAAAAAUAAGAAAACCCCCUCAAAAAUGGACCCCCCAGCUGGACAAGUACCUCAAGGAUGGUGUUAAGCGUCACGGGCAGGGGAAGUGGUCUCGUAUUUUAAUGGAUUAUGACUUUGAAGGACGCACUGGCACCAUGCUCAAAGACCGCUGGAGAGUUCUAAUGAGGGCACAUGAAGUGGGAUAAAGACAGGCAGAACUCCUCUAACUUGUAUAA